UGCUGAUAAUUCCAUUUGGACGAUCGGUGUCCGCGCCGAACCUAUUAAGCAUGUCAGACGACCCCGCGGCGGCCUAUCGACGUGCACUGAACGGAUAUAAUAAUAAGUGUGCGGCGGGGUACUUCGAUCUGAGUGUGCAGCCAAGGCUGGAAUUCUUUGCGCAUAAGAAUACCACCCGGCGUUCUCGACUUGAGAAUGAGCUACAAUGCGAUGGCUGCAGGGGAAGUGGCCUCCCUUCCCACGUCAAUUGUACAAACUCCAAUACUGACGGACACCAAACGCACGCUUGGUCGUGUGUGGGGACUUUUUCGGAUCCGGCUUUCGUCGUGUCCUCGGAUUUCGAAAUCGACUGCGAGAGUGACGACACCCUGCGUGACGAUUGCGUCAAAGCAGGUUCCUGCGUGCUGAGAUUCCACACUGAGCGCCGAUAUGCGGGAGUAGAUUGGCUCUUACUCUUCCUCGUCUCCCAUGUCCUUGUGAUUCUCCUCGUCGUCGUGGCCCUCAGGGCACGAAAAAAAAUGAUGUCGAUGCGGGCCGAGCGGAGGGCCACUGACCAUCACGAAAGUUGCAUCGAUAUCAUAGAAGAACGACGUCGCGGUAGGGAAGAGGCGAGACGACUCCGGGAGCUGCCCCAAACCGCUGGUGCCGACUCGCAAGAUUGCCAAGCAGAAUCGCGGACAUUGAUCGCCAUGAAAGCUCUCGCAUCUGAAUAGCGAGAGCUCGGUAAUAUCGAGAGAAUCUCACUCACGAGUUGAGCAAAAACUCUCCGAAACGGGCGAUACGAGUACCUAGAUAAGCCCUCGGUGCUCACAGGUGCGGAGAGCUUUCUCUUCCGACCAACCUGUCAAUGAAGCCCCUGGAAAGCCCGAGAAAUCUUCUGAAGUCGACCUUCUGAACUCUCGACGGCCGUCUGAAACCCUGGAGUGGAAAGUCGCGUCCGAAACGAGGCCAGGUUCUGAGGCACCUGAUGGAUGAGGAACCCUCAUUGGAGAGAGGACAAUCAAAAUUACGGCCGCUAUCCUGCCGGAGAGGGGGAGUUCGAGGCUCCAUGAGGAUUUGCGAAAUACAACGAAUAUUUGUAGGUAGA